UCGUGGCGCGAAUAACAAGGCUAACUUAGAAUGCCGAUAUUGACAAAGGAGAAGAAAUGUCAAUGUAUUCGGUACAUUCGUGACGAAUUACCCGCCAGUACAAAUGAGUUCAAAUGAUAUUUGAUCAAAUACGAGGUUGUUCGUUAGUAUAUUAGCUAAUUGGUUCUUUCUUCAACUAAGGUUUUUGUGAAGUUCGCGCAGGCUUUGUGCGACAGUUACAGUUAGUGAAUUAUCCUCUUUUAUAAUUUUUGGACGAUUUCGAGCCCCCGUCGGAGGUUGUCCAUCAUGUCCAAAGAGUAUGCUGAAGGCUUCAUUGUCAAGUUUGUGGAAAGUAAAGGACACACGUCAGAGUAUGCUGCCAAAGCUUAUGAGGCUAUUAUGGAACUGCAGUCUGAAAAGUACAUCAAGAUGAUUGAUGAAGAUGCUGUGUUAAAAAUGGACCAGAAGGACAAAUCUUUGUUUAUCUUCACUGACUUUGACACACCCGCCUUCCAGCACUGCAAUAAUCUCGGGUGUCGUAUUGUGAGUCCGCUGGUGGUGGUGUUCUGCCUGCAGCAGCAGCUUUGUGUGCCCAAAGCAGAUAAGCCGGUCUACAACAUGGCCAUGGCCAACGUCACCAUCUCCUGCACCAGCCUGGAUAAAACAGCCCGGGCCGAGGUGAUGGAUCUGGUGCAGCAGAUGGGCGGUCGCGUCUAUCUAGAUCUCAAUGUGUCUGUCACCCACCUUAUCGCCGGCGAAGUAGGCAGCAAAAAGUACCUUGUGGCCGCUAACCUGGGAAAACCCAUCCUGCUUCCUUCCUGGGUCAAAGCAUGCUGGGAGAAGUCUCAAAACAGUCUGUUCAGGUACACAGAUCUGCCCGUGGAGGAGCACUUGUGUCCAGUGCUCCGGGGCUGCACCGUGACCGUGACGGGUCUCUCCAGCAUCGAACGCAAAGAAGUGCAACGUCUGUGCGAGCAACACGGCGGCCGCUACACGGGCCAGCUCAAAAUGAAUGAGUGCACCCACCUCAUAGUCAGCCAACCCUUUGGUCAGAAGUAUGAGUGUGCGCGCAAAUGGAACGUAUACUGCGUGUCUCUGCGCUGGCUUUUCGACAGCAUCGAAAAGGGCUCCAGUCAGGACGAGCGUCACUACGUCGUGGAGCACAGCGCCUCCAAAAGCACCCGGCCAAAUACGUCCACGCCCUCCGGCUCCGGCAAGAAGGAAGAGAGUUCUGUGCUGGGUUUGAGUCGCAUCUCCCUCAACACCAGUGAGACAGUUAAUGACACAGCCUUCACCAACGGAACCGUCAGCCAUAUGGAAGCUCCAGACCCCCUUGACAGUCUGGAUCUCACUGUGCGUCCUGCAGAGGAUCUCCUGGACGGCUGUACGCUCUAUCUGUGCGGCCUCCCCAUGAAGAAGCUGGACAAGUUGCGUCGGCUGGUGAGCGCCGCGGGGGGUCUUCGCUUCAACCAGCCAAGCGAGGAGCUCACACACGUGGUCUCAGGAGAACCAGAUCAGGACCUCAAGACUUUCCUGUCUAAAGCGACUCACAGACCUCACGUAGUGACAGUCCAGUGGCUGCUAGACAGCUUCUCCGAAGGCCGUCUCCUCCCAGAAGAAAGCUUCCUCCACCCAGACUGUCUGCCUCCCUCACCGGCAGAGGUGUUGAUUCCAUUGGCGUGUCGCCCAGCCGCCUCCAGGCUUUCUGUGGGACCCUCCGCCGCCAGUCCCAGCACCCCAAGAAUGAAUCAAGUGGAGGAGGACCUCCUCUCACAGUACAUGGACGACGACCCGACAGUCAUUGAUGAGCUUCCACCAGCUCAAAGUGACGGCGGAAUGUCCAAGAAUUCCAGGACCCUCAGCCGCAGCACCAGACCAGAGUCAGAUUCCUCUCCACAUGAGGCCAGCAAGGCAGGUCUAUUUGCUGGAAAACGCUUCCUGCUGCAGGGCUUGGAGGCCGAGGCCCAGCUCUCUCUGCUGGUGACGGAGAAUGGAGGCCGGGUGUUGGUGAGCCGCACGCACACCAUCGCCGACUAUGCCGUGGUGCCUCUUUUGGGCUGUUCUGUGGAGGCCACGGUGGACGAAGUGGUCACUGAUACGUGGUUGGCCAUGUGUGUGGAGAGGGAGUGUCUCUUGGAGCUCUCGUUGAAUCCUCUGUUCACUCCGGUUGUUGUGAUGAAUGGACGUUUCCCGCUCAAGGAUUGCGUCCUUUCCGUCAGCCAGUUCACGGGAGCCGAGCGUGAGUCGCUGGUGGAGUUGGCCAAGCACCUGGGAGCAACUGUCCAGGACUACUUUGUGCGCUUGGCCAACCCCAAGAAAGCAAUGCUGGCCAGCACUCACCUGGUGCUGCAAAGCCCCGAUGGCACUAAGUACCAGGCAGCCAAAAAGUGGGGGCUCCCUGCAGUCACUAUGCACUGGAUCAUGGCGUCUGCCAGGACCGGCCAGAGGGCAGCCGAGGAGUGCUUUCUGAUUGACCUGCCCCCUUCUCCGGAAAGGGAGGAGGAGAGUUUUAUCGGCGCCUCCCAGAAGAUAUCUGUGCCGCCGCUGCCACCCCCACCAACAUGCUUCUCUCCAGAGGUUCCACUACUGGGUCCACAGAGUGGCAAGGCAGUCACGCCGCUGGAUUUAGGACGCUUCCAGAGCAAAGUGUUUCGUUCGGUGCUAGAUGAGAUGAAGUCUCAUGAGGACAUUGGCACGCCCAAGCAAAGCCAGGAGGGUGGCCGCAGGAAGCCCCUUGGCAAGGAGCGCUCACUGCAGCUGGAUACGCCCUCCCGCUUCCUCAGCAAGGAUCAGCUCUUCCGGCCCUCCUUCAAUGUGAAGGACGCCUUGGCGGCAUUGGACACACCAGGCGGGACCGGCGAGAAGACAGAGACACCACUGACUGACGUCAUCAACAGAAACCUAAAGGUGGCGCUGGCUAACAGCACCCGUGGCAGCUACCUUGCUGACAUGCAAGCUGUCACUUCCAGCCCGCAGCUCAGCACCGCCAGGAAGGAGGUUCUCAAGGUGGCAAAAGAGGUGGCCAGCCCGCUCACGGGCGUUGUGAUCUGCGUGGGGAAGAAGCUGAGCAAGAUGCAGAGCGAACUGAACGCUGUGGCUGCCUCACUCGGAGCCGAAUACAGAUGGGCCUGUGACGAAAGCGUCACCCACUUCAUCUACCAGGGCCGAGCAAGCGACAACAGUCGAGAAUACAGAGGCGUGAAAGAGAGGGGGCUGCAUGUGGUCUCGCAACACUGGCUCCAAGCCUGUGCCGAGGAGCAGAGGCACGUCCCGGAGUCUCUGUAUCCUUUCACCUAUAACCCCAAGAUGAGCCUAAACCUCAGUCAAGUUCCCAGCAGCUCGCAGAUGUCUGCGCCUUGCACACGAACGCAACUGCAAGAAAACACCGAAGCCUGGGAUACCAAACUUGAGCACAAGGUCGCAGAGGAUGCUUCCACCUCUCGCCGUGCAAGUGAUGGGAGCAGAGAGCAAGAUCACCUAACGGACAAGAAUGAGGUCACAGAAACGCUGCAGAUGAGAGAGAACCUGCAAAAAGCACUCCAAGAAAUCAUGUCGGCCACCAAGAUGACAACUGGCAGGCGGGCGUCGCUACGGCUCUGUCGGACGGGGUCAACAGACUCCACCCCUAACACUUCUGCCGGCAGCAGACGCACUCUGGAAGCCUUAAGGGUCUCUAGGGCAGCCGCUCUGGAUGUCAACGCGGAGCCUUCCCAGAGCGAGCAGAUUGUUUGGGACGAUCCCACGGCCAGGGAAGAAAGGGCCAAGCUGGCCGACAACCUGCAGUGGCCCGGUAGUCCCUCACAGCACUCUGAACCUCUGGCGCUUCCUCCGCGGGCCCUGGCGCAGUACGACAGACAGCCUAGCGUCUCCAUGACCGACUCGGAGCUGGUGCAGAUGGCAGCUUGUGACGUCAUCGACCAGCAAAUGAGCAAGAAAGCCACAGAGCUCCCGACGGAGGAGCCGCAGAAUAACAUCAUGACUCCUGACGCCCACAGCAUCGCUUUCCCACUCACCAAGCCCAUGAUAGCUCCUGAGACAAAGAAGGAGACCAGGACACCACCCAGAUUCCAGAUGUCUUCACUUGCUCCUCAGGAACGCAUUCAUUACAGUCACCUCAUUGAAGAGCUUGGUGGCAUCAUCCUGGACAAGCAGUCCUUUGACCCCACCUGCUCCCAUAUCAUCGUAGGCACACCACUGCGCAACGAAAAGUACCUGGCGGCCAUGGCGGCUGGCAAAUGGAUCCUACAUCGAUCUUACUUGGAGGCCUGUCGAUCGGUGGGCCGUUUCAUUCCGGAGGAGGACUAUGAAUGGGGCAGCAGUUCCAUCCUGGAUGCUUUGCCCUCCAUCAGCUCGCAGCAGAGGCGCUUAGCGUUAGCUGCCAUGCGCUGGAGGAAAGUCCUGCGAGGACCCUCGGAACAGGGAGGAGCCUUCAGUGGCUGGACGGUGAUGCUGAACAUCGACCAGGGCCGAGAAGCUGGCUUCAGGCGCUUGCUGCAGUCAGGCAGGGCCAAGGUGAUGUUGAGUGCCUCUCCUUCUAUGUACAAAGAGGCAACGCACUUGUUUGCCGACUUCAGCCGCCUGCGGCCAGGAGACUUCAAAGUGGACGUGUCAGACGCCUCCGCUCAGGGGGUGAUGUGCCUAAAACCCGAGUACAUCGCCGACUACCUCAUGCAGGAUCCCAUCCCUCCUAUGGCGCUCUAUCUCCUCACUGAGAGUCACCCCGAAGAGGCACCUGGCACGCAGUCACUGAAACGCAAAACAGCAGAGCACACCUCCCGGCCCAAAAAGUCUCGUCUGCUCUAAAAACACCCCCUGACUCUCUUAUCCUUCACAUGUACAAAAUAUUGUAAAUAAGAUUGGUUUGUGUUAUAAAAUAAAGUAAGCGUGGCGCAUGUGA